ACUGAUCUGAGGAUUGUUCUGGUGGGUAAGAGAGGAGCUGGGAAGAGCAGCACAGCCAACACCAUUCUCGGAGAGAACCUGCUCAGAACAUCAUGUUAUGCAAACUCUGAUACAGCUACAUGUGAGGCUGCAACCAACACUGUUGAUGGAAGGAAAGUCACUGUGGUUGACACACCAGGGUAUUUUUCUACUGAGUGCACCGAUGAAGAUCUAAAACCUGAGAUAGCCAGGUGCAUCGUAGAGUGUUCCCCUGGACCUCACGCUUUUCUUAUCGUGCUGCCUGUGAGGAGACACACAGAGGAGGAGAAUAAAGUAGUGGACGAGAUUCUGAAAAUGUUUGGGGAGGAGAUUUUGAAGUACGCUGUUGUCCUGUUUACCCACGGAGACCAGCUUGACGAUGACAUGACCAUCCAGCAGUUUGUGGAUGAAAAUUACCGCCUGAAAACACUUGUCCAAAAGUGUGGACACCGGUUUCAUGUCAUCGAUAACAAAUACUGGAAGAAUCCCACUGAAGGCCCCGAUGAUGAGAGAAGCAACGCUGCUCAAAUCAAAAAGCUUAUGAACACGAUUGAUCAGAUGGUGACACAGAAUGGAGGGAAGCAUUACACCAAUGAGAUGUUCCAGGUUUUGGCACAAGCCACUGAAGAGGAAAUGGCAAAAGGAAAUACCAGAGAAAAGGCAAAACACAAUGUAAUGAAAAAGUGUUUAAUCAAGACAAUAGGCAUAACAGUAGGGUUUCUGUAUGGUGCAUUUGUGGGUCUUGUACGAUCAGCUGUAGUUAAACUUGCUGCUGAAGGUACAGCCAGACCACAGACAAAGGGAGAGGGAUAUGCAGCAAGGGCCUAUGGGUGUGCGAUUGCAGGGGCGAUUGCAGGGGCUAGGGCAGGAAGUGAAGCACAGACUGUAAAAGAAGCCGUACAGAGAGUUACAGCUGCUGUAGAUGAGAUAGCUAUAGCUGCUGUAGAUGAGAGAGCUAUACCUGCACCGGGAACAAAAAAUAAUUUAUAAUAAUUUAAUGAAAA